GGGGCAGAGGGUCGUGAGGAUGCCCGCCCAGAUGAAAUAGCUGACAGAGAACUGGCAGAAGCACUUCAGAGAUCCAUACAGGAAAGCGGACAGCACUGAUGCAUUUGGAGACAGCUGGAGAGGGCCCUACCAACCAGACACUGCAGAUGGACAAACUACCUCACCAAAAUCCCCACCAUUCCCAUUACCCAUACCCUUAGACCAAAUGUCUUCAUCAACCUCCCCUUCCCAAAGACCUUCCUCUGGCCAUCUCCAGAAUCCGGCCCUGGAUCGCUCUCAGUCUGCCCCUGCCACCAUGCAGCAGGCCUCAACACCUGAGCAGUGCCAGGGCCAGCCUGGCUUCCAGGAGCUUCCCGGGCCUUCAUCCCAAGCAGAAGGUGUUCCCUCUGCACCCCAUCAGGUCCACCCUCACCCUCUUCCUGCACCUAGCAACUCCACCUUGCCCCCUAUGUCCAGUCCCAGAACAGAAGGCCUUCCUGAAUGCAACCCACCUGCAGUAGAGGCUUCAAGUGGCACUCAGUCCUUUGAAGAGCCAGAGGGUGAGGUACAACCUAGAGUCACAGAGUUGGAUGCUGAAUCAGAUGGGGUGGAGAACAGCUCCAUGCUCUCCCAGCCAGAGGAACUUUCCCCCAUUCAACCUAUGGAGCAAGAGAUGGAUCGAUCCGACACAGCUGGUGCCACAGAGACCUGUCCGAGUACUCCUGAUCAGCAGAGCCAGGAAGGUGAGGAAAGGUCUGAACAUCAACAACUCCUACGCGGUCCCCUGUCUCUCAGCCUGGGUUCUUGUCCUGCUGAUUCUGCUGUACCAGGGAAUGUCUGUGUGAUCCCUAAUCCUGACUCUGCUGAAAUGGAGCUCCCUGCUGCUUCUCAGGACACAGGGGCGUCUGAGAGGGAUCAGCCUGAGGGAGAGCGCUGCCCCAGCUCUGACAGCAUCCCGUCACUGGCAGCUGCGCUGCUGGAGCUUCACGAGCUGCUGGUAUCCAACAGCCGAACACAGUCCAUUGACCGCAGCGCCUCCUGCUCCCCUUCACAGCCAUUCAGACAGGAUGCCGAUGGUCUGGAUGACAACCCCAGCACCCUGACACCUGAGAACACCCAGCCUACCCCCUCUACUGCCAUUACAGCUGGUGCAGAACCAUGUGAUGCCAAAGCCAACCAUGCUGCUGUAUCUGAUGAGGGACCAUCUAAGUGUCUUAUGCCUGACCUCCCUGGCCAGGAUGAGCAUCUGGGCAGAGAUAUGGCAGAGACUGUGGAGGAACAAGGAGCACUGCUGUCUCCUGUUGGCUCCUGGGAGAGGAGGGCAGACCAGUGUGGGCAAGAUGAAGCCGGUAAUGUCAGCAUGUCUGGGCCUGAACCAGUGGAUCCUUCUGCCAUUGCAGGGGAUUUAGAGUUCAGGGAGCCUCCUGAGGGGCAGCAAGGCAGGGGGGUUGCAGAUGGAAGAGCCUCUGGCUCUAACACCCCAGACACUCUUGGCCUUCAAACUGAGCACACUCUUGAUAGCCCUUUGCCAAUGAUUGUGGGCUCACCUGUGGAGGUCUCUAACUCCCCCUCCCCCUCUGACCCUCCUCUCCAGGCCCUCCAGCCUACAUCUCCAGCCCCCCAGCUCUCUGCUCCACAUCCCUUUACAGAACAAUUUCCAGCUGAGCAUAUCCAGAGAAUCCAGGCAGCAGGGUUUUCUGCCAGGGAGGCUGCAGAGGCACUGGAACAAGCCCAUGGAAUUGUGGAGCUAGCUCUGCUGGCACUACUAGCCCGCAAUAUCACUGUGCCCACCUAGACUCUCAUAACCAAUCAUGUGAGUCCCCAGCCUCCCAACUCAGCAUCUGUUGUAUUUAUAUUGUAAUCUUGUUCUUGAUACAGAUGUCUCAAUCCUUUCUCAGCAGGGAGCAAGCACCAUACAGGGAAAUGCUGUCUCUUAGUUUAUCACAGAGACUACCCAAGAACAAACAACAACCGGUAUUAGUUUUAUGGAUAUAGCAGAUAAUGUGAGGUGUGUUUGCAUGCAGAUGUUUUGGGAGCCCACCCAUUUCGUGGGUUUUCAGAGAUUUGGUCUGGUAGAUUUAAUCUUGUUCUUAUUUUGUCCCCCCCCGCCCCCAACCUCAUCAUAUUGUGCCCCCUGUAUGACUCUCAGUACAUUAAACACUUAUAAUUUCUUCUUUGUUAUUUCUCAGACCUGAGUAAAGGUAUUUAUUAUUGUUUAGGGAUGAAAUGAUGGUGAGUAAAUAAAACAGUGUUGGAAGUGGGAGUUCCAGCCAUGACUUCUUCUCCCCACACCAGACUAACCUUCUGUCUGGUAAGCUUUAGAUCAUGCAGCACAAAUAUGGACAUUUGAAGAUAAAUACUUUGGUGAUAAUAAAGGUAAUUCAUUUAUGUGUUGAUUCCAUGUUUUGAUUUUAAAACCUUAAAUCUGCAUAUUAAAACAGCCAGGUAAUUUUUUAAAGAUUGCAUUGUGGAAACUGAUGCAGUUUAGAAAGGGGGUGAAGAAAUAGCCUUUUUCUCCAAAUAAGUGAAAAAUUGUGGAAUAACAAGCUGAGCUUGAACAACCCCUAUAUUCAGUACUGUCUUUACACAAAACAUCUCAUGAGCCAAAAAUGUGUGUUAAGAAAUGUGAUUGUAGAUGGCAUUUUUCCAAUUCAGUAUGUGUAUUACAGAUGGGCAACUUCCACUGUAUGUACCAUCCUUCACAUCUUUGGAAAGCUUUGCAAUGUGUAGAUUACAAAGCUACUAGUAGCUUCUGUUCAGAAUGAAUUCUUUUAUGUGUCAAAUCGUCAUCAUCACACGUUGAUAUCUUAAGAACUGAUAUCCGUUUUUAAUAUGUUAGAAUAUACCCCUUUCCAGCUGUCCAAUGUUUUGUCAUUAAAUCAUAUAUUCAAUUUUUUAAUUGCAUUAUCUGGUUUAUAUACCAACAAUGUUCAGGCAGAUUGAAUUAUUUACUUUUCUCUUGUACGGAAUUUUAAAUUGCAAAUAAAGUGAAACUAGUCUUUGUA